UCGCAAGUAACAGAACAAGCAAAAUACAGAAAUGCGUGAUAAAAUGCGUACAACAAGUGACGCGCUUAAGUAUAUAGAAGUGAUUUAUAACCUGCGCAGCAUGGAUCGUCUCUUUUUCUUUCCUUUUCAUUUCUACCUUUUCCAUCCACCAAAUCCUUUCUUGUACUAUUCCCUUGAACGGUGUUAAACAGAUAUGUCGAAUCGAAAUUGGGCAGACCUGCCUUACGAAGUUCUGUUUAAUGUUCUCAAACAUCUUGAAGGAAUACCAACCACUGAUUCCUCUUUAACUCUGAACUCCCUUCUUUACUUGCGCACGCAAAGGAAUUACAUCAAUUGUCAGCUCGUCUGCAAAAAUUGGAAAAUUGUAGCCACUCCAUUUCUGCACAGAAAUAUCCAUGUGAACAGCAAAGUGGUAGUUACUCUUUUGGAGUGGUUGAAGAAGAGUCCCAAACAUGGGACAUGGGUUAGAUACAUAAAGUUCCAAAAAGAGUUCUUAUUCAACAACAACGAUCCAGCCAACGUUUGCAGACAGUUUUUGCGUUUGUGUCCAAGACUCGAAUACCUUGAUUGUGAAGAAAACUUACGAACCAUUGUUUGGUCAAGUAUGUCGACAUUUCGGGACGGUUACUUCGCUCAACUGAAAGAUUUCAUUCAUUGCUGGUCUUGGAAGAAGACCAGUCGACCGCACAAAAUGGUUGAUAUUUCUCUCUACACACGUGUAGCUUACCAAUGCAGGUCUACAUUGAAAAGUCUCUACUUACUUCUCGGUAGUGAAGGUACACAAGUUCUUUCCAAUAUGGCCAUCGAAGAAAUGGGUGUAGUUGGCCACUUUUCAAUAUUGGUUCAUCAGUUGGAUCAAUUUGUUUCCUUAGAAAAAUUGAACAUCUCCUUCAGUUCACCUUGCAGUGUUGAAACAUUGAAAUCCAUCUUGAGCAAAAUACCAAAAUCAGUGCAACAGCUGAAGAUGGAUGAAUUGAACCUUCGAGAUGAUCAACAACACCAACGGGCAAUACUGGAUAUCCUUCCUCAUGAUAAUUCCGUAAAAACUAUCAUCAUAAACGAACUCGUAGUAUCAUCCGCUGCUGUAGAUGUGUUAUCAUUAGUUGUCUUUCCGAAUUUGCAGCACUUGACAGUAGAUACGAUAAGUAAAGAGGACAGGCAAAACGACAUCAGCUGGAGCACUCUGGUGAAACUAUUUAAUAUGCCAUUGUCGUCGUGUAAAAUACAAGUGAAGAAUAACAGUAUAUCGACUGAAGUUCUCCAACAUUGUGUUGAUUAUGCAUCUUCAGUAAAUGGGAAGCAGAAGGUUUUGAAGCUUUCCCACUGCUAUAGUGACGGCAUAGACAAUCCAGAAAAGAAAGGUCUUCAGCUUACAUCGACACAAGAGCAAAUCAUUUUACAAAUGGUAAUUAAUAUCGAACACAUUCAUACCUACAACGUCAACAAAGCUAUGGCAAUACUUAAGCAAUUUGAGCCACAAUUCGUUCACGCUAUUAUGUGUCUGGAUACUGCAAACUAUAAUAUUUGUGAUUCUGGAUCUUGUGGCAUGUACAUAGAUGGUGCAAGUAGGAAUAUAAAAGUCAAUUACUAUAACUGGUUUAUAUUUGAGCAAUUGAUAAAACUCUGUUGCUACCAUGAUCACCCAACGACACUGAUCCUCGAGGACUUUAUAUUAUUUGUUGAACCUCCCAUUACUUUUUGCACACUGAACAAACCCAAAAACAUUGAUAAAAUGGUACUCAAGACAUCUAUGCUGCAUAGCAUUACCUUUCCUUUUAUUUCCUCAGUCAUUCCUGUCAUCAACAAUCUUACCAUUGAAAAUCCUCUGUUCCUCAAUAAUACCGCCUGCCAACUAUCUAUUAGAUUACCAGAAACCAAAAUAAUGCGAACGUUAGAAGUGAAUUGUACAGCCUAUGAUUACGAAUAUCUUUCUUUUUCUUCUUGCUGCCAAAUUGAUUUUAUGAAAUACUUCUCUCCCUCCAAACAAGCAGUCCAAGCUGAUGUACUGUAUCAAGAUAACAAAGCAUAUCACUCACAUCUGAAUCUGUUGUACUCCUUGCAUGAUGAAGAUGACGAUAUUUACAGCACUAGCAGUAGCGAUAGCGACACCGUAGAUCCAAUAGAAAGAACUGGAGACAGUUCUGACGAUAAUUCUGAAGACAGUAUUGAUAACAGCCCUGAUGACACAACCAUGAAUGAUGUAGUUACUGAUGAAAGACCUGUAGCGAUAAGCAAUAUGAACGCGGGACAACAACAGCGGCAACCGUCUGAGGAGGGAGGAAUUAGCAGUCAACUUGCACAAGCUGUUGAUGCCGCUUUGACACUUUCCAGCAGGCAGAGUAGUGUCGCACCCUUAGCCAAUAUUCCAUCUCCACCUUCGAUUGUUAUCCCACCAAAGCCGCCUAAACCACCGAAAAUGAAGCAUUAUUGUUUCUAUAUUGAAUGUGAACUUGUAAAUCAGGUUCAUCUUACUUAACAAUUACGCUACUCCAGUUCUAAACACGCUCAUACCUUAAAGUCAUUCAUCGAUGAUAAAUAGUUGCAUAUAUGUUAUAUUCACAGAUAGCGAAAACAGUCAAUACACAAAAGUUACACUUACUACAUAAAUUGCUAUUGUUUUAGUCCAAAUAU